CCCGUCCCGAGUCCCGAGUCCGGAGUCCGGGUCGAGUCCCGCCACGCGUUUACCCACAAUGCCGCGGGUUGGCGGCCGUGCCCGGUGAGAAUUUGAACCCGGGCCCGCGGGAGCCAUGUCCACCAAGCCUCUGAGGAUACUGGCUUGUGGCGAUGUUGAAGGGAAAUUGAAUGUAUUGUUUAACAGAGUACGAUCAAUUCAAAAGAAAAGUGGAGAUUUUGAUCUGCUACUGUGUGUAGGAAACUUUUUUGGAACCACUGCAGAGGCAGAAUCAGAAUGGGCAGAUUACAAAUCUGGAGCCAAGAAUGCUCCAAUACAAACUUGUAUAUUGGGUGCCAACUCUCAAGAAACCACAAAAUAUUUCCCCACUUUAGAUGGAUGUGAACUGGCGGAAAACAUUACAUAUUUAGGUCGGAAAGGCAUUUUUACAGGAGCAUCAGGUUUACAAAUAGUUUACCUGAGUGGUACUGAAGCCCAGAAUGAUCCGGCGCCUGCUUACUGCUUUACCUCUAGUGAUGUGACAACAUUGAAGACAUCAUUAACAGCCAGCUCCAGUUUCAAGGGUGUUGAUAUCUUAUUGACAUCACAGUGGCCAAAAGGAGUGUGGCGAUAUGGAAACAGUCUGGAAGAUAUUGACACAAAAUCAUGCGGCUCCAUUGCCAUAGCAGAUCUUGCAUCUACCCUAAAACCCAGAUAUCAUUUUGCUGCAUUGGAAGGAGCUAAUUAUGAAAGAUUACCUUACAGAAACCAUGUGGUACUGCAAGAAAAUGCACAGCACGUUACCAGGUUCAUAGCACUGGCAAAUAUCAGCAAUUCUAUUAAGAAAAAGUACUUGUAUGCAUUUAAUAUAAUACCCUUAAGUUCCAUGGAUCCAACUGAAUUAGUGAAACAACCUCAAGAUGUCACAGAAAGUCCAUACAAGAAAAUGACAAAAGAAUUUCAAAAAGCAAAAUUGGGGGAACCUGCACCAGAGGAUGCUCAGUUCUUCUUUGACUUGGGCAAACAAGAAGGAAAGAAAAGAUCCUCUGGAGAAGGAGGGCCUCCAUUUCAUCAAUCGAAACACCCCCGAAAGACACCUAAGCCAACAAGCCCUUGCUGGUUUUGCCUUGCUAGUCCUGAGGUAGAAAAGCACUUGAUAAUCAGUAUUGGUACGCACUGUUAUAUUGCCCUUGCCAAAGGUGGCUUAUCUCCUGAUCAUGUACUUAUUUUGCCCAUUGGACAUUAUCAGUCAGUAGUGGAGCUUCCUUCAGAAGCCAUUGAAGAAGUUGAAAAGUGUAAAUUGGCUUUGAAGAGGUUUUACAAGAGCAUUGGGAAAAGGUUUGUAAUGUUUGAAAGGAACUACAGGAGUCAGCAUUUGCAGCUGCAGGUGGUUCCUGUCCCUGCUCAGUGUUGUACUACUGAUGAAAUUAAAGAAGCUUAUAUUGUACAAGCAGAGGAACAACACAUGGAGCUCUUGGAAAUCCCUGAACAUUCAGAUCUCAAGCAAAUAAUUCAACCUGGAUUGGCAUACUUCUAUGUUGAACUAGACAGUGGAGAGAAGUUAUUCCACAGAAUAAAGAAGCAGUUUCCUUUGCAAUUUGGAAGGGAAGUUUUGGCAAGUGAAGCUGUCCUGAAUAUACCUGAUAAAGCAAAUUGGCGAGAGUGUAAAUAUAGCCGAGAAGAUGAAGAAGGAUUUGCCAAGACUUUCAGAGUGGGUUUUCAACCUUAUGAUUUUUCUUUGCUCAAUUAAGUUGAAUUUAUCUUGUUUUUUGUGAAUACUUUCAACAACAUUGGUCAAUAUUUCUCUGAAAUGUAUUCAUUUUGAGAGAAAUUAUCCCAGGUGCUAUGACUUUGAUAUAGAUAUAUUUUCAUUCAUAGAACUACAUGUGCUGUUAUAGUUGACUUUGAGAAGUAUUGUGCAUAUCAAGGGUCAGUUUGUAAAGAAUAAUCAAGGCAAAUCUCAUUUUUCCUAAAUGGGCUUUACAAUUGCAGUUUCUUUUUGGAAUCCAGCACCUCGUAUAUUUAUUAAUAUAAGUAAUUCAAGGAACUGCUUUCAAGUUGUCAUUCAAAAUUAUUGGCUUAAUGUAAUUCUGGAAAGUUCUACUUCAGUGAUACUUGGAUGUAUUUUGUACAAUUUUUUCAAUGAAACAAAUUAGUUUUCUAGAAAUUCUGUUUAGACUUGGUGCAGUGGAUUUGCUGGUGUACUUACCUCUGUAAUUUUGAUGUAAUAAAUGCAUUAGUAAUUUA